CAUCAAACCUGUUUGAACUCACGACCGUCUCAUCGUUGUCACCAUGCCUCCCAAAGUAUCUGGAAAAGCUGCCAAGAAGGCCGGCAAAGCCCAAAAGAACAUCUCCAAGGGCGACAAGAAGAAGAACCGCAAGCGCAAGGAGUCCUAUGCUAUCUACAUCUACAAGGUGUUGAAGCAGGUCCAUCCCGACACUGGCAUCUCCUCCAAGGCCAUGUCCAUCAUGAACUCGUUCGUGAAUGACAUCUUUGAGCGUAUUGCCUCCGAGGCUUCUCGCUUGGCUCACUACAACAAGCGGUCAACCAUCACCUCCCGGGAGAUCCAAACUGCCGUGCGACUCCUCUUGCCUGGAGAGUUGGCUAAGCACGCUGUCUCUGAGGGAACCAAAGCUGUCACUAAAUACACUUCUUCCAAGUAAAGUUGCCAUCUUCUACGCAGUACCUGAAAACAAGGCCUUUUUCAAGGCCAAAACCUUAUUACUUAAAGAGAUGAGUUGAAAAGUCACGACCCGAAGGUUCACAACGAUUUAGUAAAUGUAUGGGUGCAUUUGGACUUCACAGGAAUUUCUUUCUUUAGCAAAUCCUGCAACGCUCAAAUGCAUUGCGUUAUAUUUGAUCCAUUGGCACAGUACAGAAGAAUAUCACUUUGAAGUA